CCAGUGUUUACGAUCGCGUGCGUAUAAAAGCGGUUAGUUGCUCAAAGAUGCAGUCAAUCGUUCCGAAAAACUUCGUACAGCGUACACAGCAGCGUGUACCGUUCGGUCGAAAUUCGUACGUGGCAGAAAUGUAAAUUUGUGUUUUCGCCUGUGUCCUAGUGUAGUCUGCCGUAGCAUGUGGGUAACUCGUAUUUAGAAGAAAAAAAAGUCAUGUGUUCUUUGAUCGGUGGUAUCGAAGGGGGCGCGACCCACUCGCACGCCGUAAUUUUGAGCGCCGCCGGCGAAUUGGUUUCGGUCGCCCAAGGCCCGACCACCAACUACCAUUUGAUUGGAAUGACGGAAUGCCGGAAAAGGAUAGCCGACCUGAUAACCGAGGCUAAGCGGAACGCGGGCAUCGCGCCGGACGUGCCGCUAGAAGCGCUCGGCCUGGGCCUGAGCGGCUGCGAGCUCGAAGAGAGCAACGUCGAGUUGCAAAAGGGGUUGGAACGCAACUACCCGCUCCUGUCGAGACGGUACGCGAUCGGGAGCGACACCGAAGGCUCGCUGGCGGCCGUCUCGAAUCGCGGCGGCGUUACUUGCAUCGCGGGCACCGGCUCCAACACCCUGCUGAUCAACCCCGACGGCGGCAAAUUCCAGUGUCGCGGCUGGGGCCACAUGCUCGGAGACGAGGGCAGCGCUUGGCACAUAUCAUGGCGCGCCAUCAAGUACUGCUUCGACGACCUGGAUCGGUUCGAGGACGCCCCCCACCCGAUCGACGCGGUCUGGAACCUGGUGCGCGAUCAUUUCCGCAUAAAAACGCAACGCGACAUUCUCGACUCCUUCUACAAGAACUUCGACAAGGCGUUCGUUGCGUCGCUGUGCAAGCGUCUCGCGGAUGUCGCGAGGGGCGGCGACCCCCUCGCCGCCGCCGUAUUCCGCGAGGCGGGACGACAUUUGGCGAAGAGUGUGGCGUCCGUGGCGGCCCGGGCCGCCCCCGAGCUCACGUCACGAGAGGGCGGUCUGCACGUUUUGUGCGUCGGCUCCGUGUGGCUCAGCUGGGACCUUCUGCGUGACGGUUUUGUCGACUGCUUGCGGAGCGAGGGGCGGCCCCCCGCGGGCCCGCUUUCGCUCCUGCGGCUCACCACCGAGAUGGGGAUCGGAUCCGCACUGAUGGCCGCCGACAGGCUGGGACUCCGGCUCGACCGCGACUACACCAAGAAUUUCCACGUGUUUUAUGUUUACAAUGAUGAAGCAAAUUAAAGGUUAUUUUUUUAUCCUG